AUGGCCCCCGAAGCAGUAGAAACCAAUACGAAGAUCCGCCGGAGGCAACGGCGCAAGUCGGAGAACACGGCGAACGAGGACGCGUCUCCGCCAGACGGGAAGAGGCCCUCGAGGGAACGGGACCGCGCGGAGCGCGAGGAAGACGAGGAGAAGAGAAAAAGGAAGAAGAAGGCAAAGUCGAAGUCGCGGAAGAGGAGCGAAGACGGGGAAUGGCUGCCCCCGAGGGACAGACGGCCGUUGGCCUCGAGGUUAGAUUCGCCGCCGCCAGCGCUUAAUGGUGGUCGAUAUGACGGACUGGAGGACGAGAAGGGUCUGGGGGUGCCUUCGACGUCUCGGAGUAGCAGGUCAGAGCGGCGGCAGAGGGUCAAGGACGGGAAGCCACCGGCCUCCACUUCUGCCACUGAGGUACGUCCGCCUGCUAGCUCGGCAGAAGAAAAGAAGAAUACGUUCGAGAUGGGCGAGGACUUUAUACCCUUCGACUUCGAUAUGGACCGGGAGGUGGGUACAAGGACGAGCGGGAAGGGCAAGGAAAAGGAGAAGGAGAGGGAGAGAGGGAGGGACAGGGAAGAGCACGUUCGGGAGUGGGAUCGGGGCAAGAGAAAGACUGCAGAGCACCCCGGGCGGAAGAGGAAGGCGGACGAGUACGAUCAAGACGAUGGGUAUGCGAGCAAGAAAGAGCGGCUCGACGCUGCGAGCCGCCGCGCGCCCUGGGUACACGACGUCGACUGGGAGAGCUGUAACAAUGUGGCAGAGAUGCUUCAUCGAGAAGUGGAAGCGUUCCACCGGUACAUCUCGCCUACUCCCGUCGAAGACGAAGUCAGGGGCAUGAUCAUCGCCAUCGUGUCCAAAGCGAUCACGAAGCAAUUCCCAGACGCCAAAGUCUUCCCAUUCGGAAGCUACGAGACCAAGCUGUACCUCCCCCUAGGCGACAUCGACCUAGUUGUGCAGUCUGACUCGAUGGCCUACUCCGACAAGGUUACUGUCCUGCACGCGCUCGCGAACACGAUGAAGCGCGCGGGGAUCACCGACAAGGUGUCCAUCAUCGCGAAAGCGAAGGUGCCCAUCAUCAAGUUCACAACGACCCACGGGCGCUUCGCGGUCGACAUCAGCGUGAACCAGGCGAGCGGCGUGCCCGUCGUGCGCAUGAUCAACGGCUUCCUCGCUGCGCUCCCCGCCCUGAAGCCCCUCGUCAUGCUCGUCAAAACGUUUUUGCAUCAGAGAAGCAUGAACGAGGUUUUCACCGGCGGCUUGGGGAGCUAUAGUUUGGUGUGUAUGGUUAUCAGCUUUUUGCAGAUGCACCCGAAGAUUAGACGGGGCGAGAUCGACCCGAGCCAGAAUCUCGGCGUGCUGGCGAUGGAGUUCUUCGAGCUGUAUGGGUGCUACUUUAAUUACCAUGAAGUAGGCAUCUCGUUGCGCGAUGGGGGCACGUAUUUUAGCAAGGCUAGGCGGGGUUGGCUGGACUACAACAGGAGUCAUUUGCUGUCUAUCGAGGACCCCGCAGAUCCAUCAAACGAUAUCUCCAAGGGCUCUUACGGGAUCAACCGCGUGCGGACCACUCUCGCUGGGGCUCAUGGGAUCAUGACCGCUGCAGCGUACCUCCGUGCGGGCAUGAUCAGCGCACGGAGGGAAGGGCGUACUGUGCGGCUCCGUGACAGAUCCGACCCCGAGGAGAUGAGUAUCUUGUCCAGUGUUCUGGGCGUAACACAGCAGACUGUUAAUCACAGAAAGCUGGUACAAGAAGUCUUCGUCAAGGGCAUCUUGCAUCGCAUGCUCGGAAUCACACCAUCUGCGGCACUCCCGCCCAGAAGCCGAAGGUCGCCCUCACCUCGCGCGCCCAAGCGCAAGUUGUCUUCAGAGCGCCUCCGGCAGUCCGCGAGUGUCGCAUCCGCAUGGGGAGAAGCAGAUAUGGACAUGAGCCCCUCAGUUUCAGACCGAGAGGAGAACAGAGCGCACGCUAACGGACCCCCCGCGCAAGAGGAAGAGAGCCGGUACGCCAUCGAUAAACGGCAACCGCCUCGGAAGCGGCGGCGAACAGGCACCGCUCAGGACGCGCAUACCUACUUCACUACUGACGAUGAAGAGGAGGAGGGCAUUAUACGCGACGAUCACAUCGAGCUCAAUAUAGUCGACGGUGGCACCCGGGAACGCUCGGUAUCUCCUAAGGGUAGAAGCCCAAGAGCAAAGUACUCGGUGAGGAAUAGAUCGUACUGGCUUUCUAAAGGGAUCGGCGAGGGGAGCAGCGAGGAAGAGCUAAGUUUAUGAUGGGCCUAUCUCGCUUUGUACACAUUUUUCGCCUAAUAUCAUCAGAGGACUUUCGGUGUAGUAGGUUCACCUCCACUACUACUCCGGGCUAUGUCCACC